AUGGCUCCCAUUAGAGUUGGCUUAAUCGGUCUUUCUGGUACACCACCAGAUAAGUACGAGGGUACUAGUUGGACAGCAAUUGCUCAUUUACCAUAUCUAAAAGCAUCUCCACAUUAUGAGAUCGUGGCGCUUCUCAACACGUCUAUCUAAACGGGCAAAGAAGCUAUCAGAAGAAACGAACUUCCUGCUGAGACAAAAACCUACUAUAAGCCCGAAGGUUUGUUCUCUCCGAAUGUUGCUUCGAUGAGCUACAGUCACUGAUGAUUUGCAAGACCUUGCUGCAGAUAAAGAUGUCGAUCUUGUGGUCUGUAGUGUUCGUGUGGACAGACAUUUCUCCAGCGUCAAGGCCAGCAUCAUCGCCGGCAAAGCCGUUUUUGUUGAAUGGCCUAUGGAUAGGAAUCUCGAGGUCGCGAGAGAAAUGGAAGCUCUUGCUACUAAGCAUAAAGUCAAAACCAUUCUUGGUCUUCAAGCAUCGCAUUCUCCGGUCGUUCGCAGGUUGAAAGAGGCGAUUGAGAGUGGAAAGAUUGGAAAGAUACAUUCCAGUACCCAAUUUACAUCGCUUGGGUUCGGAGCCAAGACAGUGAGUAAGAAUGUGAGGUAUUUCGUUGACAGAGACAUUGGAGGGAACUUGUUGAGUAUUCAAGUUGGACAUUCGCUUGAGUCUAUUCAUUUUGGUAUGUUCGUGUCAAUUUGCCUUUCAAGCUCUAUUAUACUAAUACUUUACAGCACUGGGAGACUUCAAAACUUUUCAGAGCCUCCUCGUAAACACUCACCCAAUCAAAGACAUCGUUGAUCCUUCGAAAGGUAAUGAAGUCGUUGUGAAAGACACCCCAAACAACGUCCCAAAUGAGAUACUACUGCAAGGUAUUCUGGAAUCAUCGGGUGCCCCGUUUUCGCUUCAUUAUCGCGGCGGAAAAGUUUUUCCGGGCACGCCCGAUAUAGAUUGGCGGAUUCAAGGCGAAGAUGGUGAGUUACGACUCAUCUCUCCUAUGGGAUUGAAUGUGGGAGGUCCAGCUACGAAGCUGGAACUAUAUGAUGUCGCGAAGGAUACGGUUGAAGUUUUGGAGGCGGAGAAAGACGAAUGGGAUAGUUUACCAGUGCCGGCACAGAAUAUCGCUAGAGUUUAUGAGGCGUACAGAAAGGAGGAGUGGUAUCCUGAUUUCACUUGGGGAGUCAAGAGACAUGAGACUCUCCAGAAGAUCUGGGAUCAGUAUGAUAGCUACAUCAGCGAACAAAAUUAA